AUGACCUUUCCCCCGUCGCGUCGUUUGGCAAAGGUUGACAGCGCCGGCAACGCUUGGGCGGCGGGUUACACGACCGGCAGCUUGGAUGUUUACACCAACGCGGGGGCCGAGGACGUCUGUUUGAUAAAGGCGGACAGCAGUGGGACAACGCAGUGGAUAUCUCAAAGGGGUGGGACGGCGAGCGAUCAGCUGCAUGCGCUGCAGGCCCGAUCGAUCAGAGAUUUGCUUUCAUUUGGCGAGUUGCUCUACUUCCAGGGCCUUCAUGCUGGGAAUCUGCAUUGUUCUUGUUGCGGUUAUCGUGCCACGGGUCCGAUAUGGUCCGCUGGGGUUCAGGAUGAUGGCCAGCGUGGCUGUGGAUACCAUGGGAAGUGGGGGGAUGGGCGGGGUGCCAAGCCGAUACACGUAAACAUGGAACGAAACCAAAUUACGAAAGUCGGGUCAGCAGGAGACCUCGCGCACAAGGGCAUUGAGUUGGCUUGGCUUGGCUCGUUAGGGCAGGCUGGCGGCAUCGGCUUUCCUGUGGAUGGCGCAGGGAAUGCCCAUGUCGCGGGCCUCACCUACGGCAGCGUGGAUGGGAUCAGCCUCGUGGGCGGCUAUGACGUCCUCCUCAUGAGGUUCGACAGCAGUGGAUCCCAUCAGUGGACCACCCUUCGCGGGAGCGCCGUCGGCAACGCGGUCUACGGCCUGCAGGCCGACCCGCAGGUUGAUGACUCAGGCAAUGUUUUUGUGGCGGGCCACACAGCCGGCAUCAUAGACGGCACCGGGAAUGCGGGUGGCGCCGAUUUCCUUCUCAUGAAGUUUGACAGCAGCGGGGCGCACCAGUGGACGAGAACUCGUGGGGGCUCGAGCAGCAACGAGUAUGCGAAAGCCCUGCAGGUGAACAGUGCGGGCGACAUCCUUGUGACGGGCAUUGCGGGCGGCGUGGUCGAUGGCCAGAGCCACCAAGGUGCAUACGAUGUCUGUUUGGUGAAGUUUGACAGCAGUGGCGUGUGGCAGUCGACAACCCUGCGCGGGGGCAGUGCCAACGACUUUGCUUUCGCCAUAAAGGCCGUUUUUCUGUCCAAGUCUGGCUGUUUUGUGACCGAGGUGGAUAGUGGCGACAAUGUCUUCUUGGCUGGCUACACAGCCGGCACGGUGGACGGCCAGCCCAACGCGGGUUCCGACGAUAUCCUGCUCAUGAAGUUUGACAGUAGCGGAGCAUGGCAAUGGACAACUGUGCGUGGGACCGCCGACAGCGACCAAGUUCAUGCAAUGGAGGUGGAUAACGAAGGCAAUAUCUGGUUGGCAGGCCACACAUCCGGGAGCCUGGACAACCAUGUGAAUGCGGGUGACGCUGAUGCCUUCCUCAUGAUGUUUGACAGCAGUGGGGCGCACCAGUGGACGAGCGUGCGCGGGACCAGCGGCGUUGAUCAGGCCUAUGGCGUGCAGGCCUUGUUGACAAGAGUUGCCAUUGAGUGGCUGCAUGUGGCACCCUGA